UCAGCGAUUACGAUUCUAAGCAGAAAUGCUUUUCGAAAACCUUUUUCAAACCUUUAUUUUAAUCAAAAUUUUGUUUAUUCAUGUUAAUGCCGUGAAUUUGACCGGUAAAUCUUAUUAUUUUAAAACAAACGCGAACAAUGAGUUCACGGUUUACAAUAGGAUUCAUUUUUUGAAUCAUAAUAUCAGUGAUUUUAGCGCUAAUCCUCAUGGGCCUCAGAAUAUCAAAGUGAUCAAGAAGAUUAAUGGAGUUCCAGUAGCUAAAUUACCAACAACUAAAACUUCUUUAAACGCAUCGAAUUUCUACCUAGACCCAGAAUGGCACUACGAUCACAAACAAUUCAACAAAUCCGAUCUACCAUACUUCAUUAAGAAAUUCUACGAACACCGUGUAGAAGAGGCAUGGAAAACCAAUCCAAUUCGAAUUUUGUUCAACAGUAACAGAAACACGUCUAGCUCUAUCAUCAAGUUCAAUUUAAACAGCUUGAGUCCAUACGAAAAUGUGUCAGAUGCAGAUUUAUAUUUCUACUGGCCAUUGAAAAAUACAUCCAGUAUAUACAAGAAAUCUGUUGUUUUACGUCUGUAUCAACUGGAAUACCAGCCUGAACAGAGUGGAAAUGGAUCAAAUCUACUGGAUAAUCCAGACAUUCAUAAAUUGUUUAAUGUCAUCUAUAUAUCAAAAGCACAGAAAGGAUGGCAGACUUUUAAAAUCAAGAAGCCGAUUGAUAACUGGGCAAAAGGUGAAGAGAAUUUGGGUCUCCUUCUGACAAUAUCCGAUUAUGAUGAAAACAAAUUGAUAUCCAUUUAUAACGACACCAACAGAGGAGCCUACAAGACAUUUGCUGUCUUGAACAUCCAAAAUAAUGAUACAGAUGCUCAACCACAUUUAGAAGAACCAGAAACCGCCAAUAACGUUGCAGCAUUAACCAGUCCAACCAUUCCUCCAAGCAACAAAUGUUCCAAAAAGUCCUGGUUUGUCGAUUUCAGCCAAUUGAACUGGUACGACUUCAUAAUCCACCCAGAAGAAGGCUUCAUGGGCUACCAAUGCGUUGGAAAGUGCCACAUAGAGAACCACGAUCACCAGUUUGUCAAUUACGUCAAAUUGAGGCACUGGAAUAACGGACAAGGACUGAGAGAACGAAGUUGUUGCGUGGCGACGAAAUUCUCUUCUUUACCGAUAAUGUUUUUUGAUAGAUUUGGCAACGUGGUGAUGAAGAAUUACGAGGAUAUGGUGGUUGAUGAAUGUGGAUGUAGAUAAAAAUAAGAAACGUAGGAUUAUACAUUUUGAUAAAUCUGUUAAAAAGAAUAAUUUAUAUUGUAUAUUUUUUGUUUUAAUUAAUAUU